AUGCCCUAUCCACCUCCUCCAGGUCUCAAACAGACACCCUCUUCGCUUCCUCCUCGCCCACCUCCGUCUAAUAACGCCGCCCAGCCUGUCGGUCAUGGCAAUGCACGUCAACCGAGCUACAACGCCUUCACUGCAUUCGCGCCGCGUUCCGUAGCAUCGAGUCAGCCGCGCGCAAGCAACGCAACGGUUUCUGCACCUCCAUCCUAUUCUGCCGGUUAUGCGGGACCUGCAGCGCCUGCAGUGCCUGCGACCACCUACGGAAACUAUCAACAACAAACCUACCAAAGUGGGCCUUCCUUCUACGGAGCCCAGUACGGUGAAAGUGCCUCCCCGGCGGUCCCCCAUAUUCAAAACCCAUUUGGCUCAACGCCUCCUACAGCACAAGGGCGCAAUGGAAUAGACCCAGAAACUGAGGCCCAAAUUGCUCAGUGGCAGAGUGCCUACGCCAACCAGAACGAUGACGCAGCCAGAAAGGCCAGCAACACGGGGACAACCACGGGCACAGGCACCCCAAUCAUUGCCGGCACUCCCAUCCCCCAAAGCGAAACACAGAAGACUGUCCAACGAGCCGGUGGCGGUCAAGCCUGGACCGACUCCACCCUUUUAGAAUGGGACCCGGCCCAUUUUCGGCUUUUCGUGGGCAAUCUCGCAGGCGAAGUGACCGACGACUCUUUACUGAAGGCAUUCGCGCGCUACACCUCCGUACAAAAGGCUCGUGUGAUUCGGGAGAAGCGCACCCAGAAGAGCAAGGGCUUCGGGUUUGUCAGCUUUAGUGACGGCGACGAUUACUUUUCAGCCGCUCGAGAAAUGCAAGGCAAGUACAUCGGCUCCCACCCGAUUCUAUUGCGCAGAGCUACCACCGAGGUCAAGCCGGUGUCAAACAACAAGAACCAAAAGAAGAAUGGAGGCGGUGCUCGAGGUCAGCCUGGCGGCAAGGUCAAGCACGACGGAGUGAAGAAGUCUGGAAAGACCAAAGGAGGUCUGAAGAUUCUCGGUUAA